CAUCUUACGUCAUUGUGUUACGUUGUCUUACGUUUCCGAUUCGGUCAUACUAUCGGCCUGCCAAAGAAGAAGACGGAAUCAACACGAAAAGUCCAAUGUUUGAGAAAUAAUUCGAUUAGCUGAAGAAAAAUGCUGUAAGCUGAGGCUGGACAGGGUAGACACAUCGACUCCACCAAACUGAGACAGCAGAGCAUCGAGGACUCUUCCCCCAGCUGUCAAACGGACGGAUGGCCAACAGAAAUAUGCGUAACACCACCAAGGUGGAGGCGCUGAUUGAGAGCUGCCGCAGCGAGGGAAAGUGGCAGCGCGUCAUUGAGCUGACUGAUGAGUUGAAGACCGGAUCGCCACACAACGAGUGUCUGGCCAACUUCCUGGUGGGUGAAGCCCGCCUGGAGAACUACCUGGAGGAGAAUGCCCUUGCAGCUGCUGACUCGACCUUUGGGCGGGCCAAGUCUGGGCUGGCAGAGGCAAGGCGUUUCCUUCAUUUAGCCCUUGGCGAGAGUGGACAGAAAGCGGGGAUCGCACUGGACGCCUAUUUGCUACUGGCCAAGCUAUGCUUUGCUUGCGGCGAAUAUGAGCAGAGCUUGGACAACUUUGUCAAGGCAGAGCUGAAUACGCUGGCGGAGAAAGAACUAACUCUGCGCAGCCUUAAGAUCUUGGCCGAGUCUUACGCCAUCAAGGGCCUAUGUUUGGAGCAGCAGACUUCGAAGCCUUCGUCCAAGUUCAAAAAGGCCGAAAAGGACACUGAAAUGAUCAGCUGCUUUGAACGCGCCUCCGAUCUGGGCCUGCUGUACCUCCAGGAAUAUGACAUCGUGAGUGGCAGCGGCUCCUCAAACAACUCCACGGCUGGUUCAACGCUCAACGUGAAUGCUUCGAGUGUGCAGCCUUCGAGCAGCAGCUUUGCAAUCAGCAGCACCAUUCCGGCCAGCGGCCCAACCGGCCUGGAGGCCAACCGUCGGAUGGGCGCCAUCCUGGAAACUGCGCUGCAACGUGCGCCCAUUGUGCUCAUUAAGACGGGAAAGUUGCAGGAGGCCGUUGAGCGCUAUCGCAUUAUGCUGAACGCCAUUGAGACAAAGGCCACCCAAUCCCUGCGUCUGACCUUGGCGCGCCAACUGGCGGAAGUGCUGCUUCGCGGCGUUUCCGGAACUAUCUACGCGCCGCCAUUCGUUGCGAAGGGAGGCGGUGGAACACUGCGUGGGGGUUCCUCAAAAAAGUUAUGGAAACCUCGGAAGUAUGCCGCACGCCAGCAGUUCUCGCCACGGAACCAGCAGGAGGAAGUUAUUCUGCUGCUUCUUAUAGCAGAGGCCCUCGCCGUGAGGGAUACUGUUCUUUCGCAAAGCCCCGAGUUUCGGAUUGCUCGGCAGCACGCAAUGGGCAACGUGACAGCCGUCUAUGAUCUGCUCACUCUCGCCACGGUGCGCUGGGGUCUUGUCCAACUCCUGAACGAAUCCUUUGAGAAGGCGCUGAAGUUCAGCUUCGGAGAGCAGCAUGUGUGGCGGCAGUACGGCUUGAGUUUGAUGGCCGCCGAGAAGCACGCCCACGCCUUGCGCGUCCUGCAGGAGUCGAUGAAGUUGACGCCAAGCGACCCACUGCCCUGCAUGCUGGCCUCGCGCCUCUGCUACGAAAGUCUGGAAACGGUGAAGCAGGGACUGGACUACGCCCAGCAGGCUCUGAAGCGGGAAGUCAAAGGACUGCGACCGUCGCGCUGCCAGCUAUUUGUCGGAAUUGGACAUCAGCAGCUGGCCAUUCAGUCGAAUCUGAAGAGCGAACGGGACGCGUGCAACAAGUUGGCUUUGGAAGCUCUGGAGCGGGCCGUACAGCAAGACGGGAACGACCAUCUGGCCGAGUACUAUCUCUCGCUUCAGUACGCUCUCCUGGGCCAGCUUGCAGAGGCCCUAGUUCACAUUCGCUUCGCGCUAGCCCUUCGCAUGGAACACGCACCUUGUCUCCAUUUGUUCGCUCUCCUGCUGACGGCUUCUCGCCGGCCCCGCGAAGCUCUCGGAGUGGUUGAGGACGCCUUGCACGAGUUUCCCGACAACUUGCAACUGCUGCACGUGAAGGCGCACCUGCAACUCCACCUGGAAGAUGCGGAGACGGCCUUGGCCACUGUGCAGCACAUGCUGGCCGUGUGGCGGGACGUCUAUGAAGCGCAGCUGGCGGGUGAGGAGGAGAAGCACUCGGACACCAAGAGCGGUGUGCACUUGGCGCACUCUUCGCAGAUGUCCGACAAGGACUCCAAUUCGGUAUACGCCGCUUCCCUGGCUGCAGUGUCUCGAGUGGAGCAGGCACUGAGUGAGGCGGCCAGCUCGCUGAGCUCGUUUACCCAGCGCCCAGGACCCCGGCGACCCUGGAUGCUCCAAAUCGAGAUCUGGCUUCUCUUGGCUGAUGUCUAUCUACGCAUCGACCAGCCAAACGAGGCACUCAACUGCAUCCACGAGGCUUCCCAAAUAUAUCCGCUCUCUCAUCAGAUUAUGUUUAUGCGAGGUCAGGUGCACGUCUAUCUGGAGCAAUGGCUGGAUGCCAAGCAGUGCUUCUUGAACGCCGUGGCCGCCAACCCACAUCACACAGACGCUCUGCGGGCUCUGGGUGAGACUCAUCUAAUACUCGGUGAGCCCAGAUUGGCCGAGAAGAUGUUGAAGGACGCGGCCAAGUUGGAUCCGAGUUGCCCCAAGAUAUGGUUUGCCUUAGGAAAGGUGUUGGAGACCCUAGGCGACUUCCACGCUUCGGCGGACUGCUUCGCCACAUCCCUCCAGCUGGAGCCGUCGUGCCCAGUUCUUCCAUUCACCUCGAUACCGCUGGUCUUUGAAUAGGAGCUUGCUGAUUCGGGCUGCAGGUCAUUUUAGCUUUGUUUUUGGAAGAUUCAACCUUAACUAACCUCAAAGUGAACAGCAAUAUUACUUACUACAUGUAUACUAGACUCCCAACACUUUAAAAGUCCGCAUCCUAAAUAAUAUCUUAUUUUGGUUAUUAGUUGUUGUCGCGCAGUAUUACGACUACAAGGGUUUAAAUAUUGUAUGUGCGUGCCCGUCUUUGUAAAUUAUUAGCUAGAAUUGUUCAAGUUAAUGUAUUAAUAGCUAAUGUGAAACGUCCCAACUCGGCACUCGAGACGAUGUGUGCGAAUCCUGAAAAGAUAGUGAAAAAUGAAGUUCUUCCCCGUCGCGGAGGAAGUGGAAAACGGGAUCGGAUAAUUUUUCGUUAACUUUGGAUUGUUAUUUAAUGCUAGCAUUUGAUUUAAACUAUGUUUAGAUAUAACUACUGUGUGAAAGAAUUUAAAGUUAAAUAUACACGAAACCUAUACUGUAUGUGAAAUAUGUAA